GAGUCGCUCUACCAGGAGUCCUGACCUGUAGCAGACACAGACCCUGCGGAGGAGCACACUCCCCCUUUUUGGCUCUCUGUGGCUGGAAGCUGGGAACUGUGGCACUUCUCUAUCCUUCUUCUCUUGGACUGGAGCUCAUUGGUGGUGGAUCCUGGACUUCAUGACGUUUUUUUCUCUCUCUGUCUCUGCACAAAUGAAGCCUUGAACAGCUCCAUCAUGCUACUGAGAGCGGGGCUGUUCCUCACCCUGUUUCUGUUUACACUUCAAGCCAAUCGAAUCAGAGACCUAGAAGGCCCAGAUUUCUCAGACAUCAGGGAUGUCAAGUACAGGCACUUCUUGGAGGCAUCCAGACAAAUUAAGCAGACUACCAAUGUCAAGACGAUAGACGACCUGGCCAGGCAUCGGACGAAAAGGUCAACCUUCUUCACCACUGGGGUCAAAGUCUGUCCUCAGGAGAGUAUGAAAGAGGUCAUCACCAGCCAUCGAGCUUACUACAAACUCAGAAUUUGUCAGGAGGCGGUGUGGGAGGCGUUCCGUGUCUUUCUGGACAGGCUUCCCAGCUCGGAGGAGUACAAACACUGGGUCCACGCCUGCCAACAUGGCUCCCUCUGUCUGGAUGACCUGGCACGCAACUUCAGCAGCACCCAGGAACACCAGGACAUGGUGGCCAGAAGAGUGCAGGCAGCUGCACAGGAGCAAGCUGAACGUGAAAGUGAUGGAACAGCUGAGCCAGGAAGGCCUGAAGGAGAGAAAUGCUCAAGGACAUCUUCCCUGCUGAAGAUUCCAAUUGAAUUUGCAGAGUCAUCGGACAGUCCCAACGUGGGAUCUGAAGAGCUUCUGGAGCAGGUGGUGGAAUUCAGCAUCACCAUUGUGGACCCUGGUUACAGUGAGCUACUAAGUGACCCGGAAACCCCCCAGUACCAUGACAUCACACAAGAACUGCAGGAUAAGAUGCUUCAUGUUUUUGACAAACUGCCAGGAUUUAAAGAGAUCCGAGUACUAGGAUUUCGAUCCGAAGAUGUGACUAUCCGCUAUGCCGUGGUGUUUGAUGGGGACUCAGACAAUGGCGAUGACGCCAUGGGUUCUCUUGAACCAGGCACAGGGACAGAUGGAUCUCUACUGAAGGACAUGGUUGCCAAGGCUUUGAGUGAAGAGACAUCACUGUUUGUGGACAUCCAUUCACUAAAUUUUGAGCUAGAUUACACCAUUUCUCCAGUGGAAGUCUUAGGUGUGACACCCUUAGAGACCCUUGUCUCAGAAGGUUUUGGAUUGCCAGCGGAGACCGAGCCUUCCCUGGAGGAGGGUGUGGGGCCAGCUGGGGGUUUCUUCCCCACGGUGGCAGCGAUGGAGGACAACUCUCUGGAGGCUUUCACGGUCACACCACAUACCUACACCUACUUGCCUUUCUUUCCCGAGGAGCCCAUGGAGGAGGUUACUGGCUCACCUGCUGUGGAGGCCCUCCCAGUUCCCCCCAUACAGGAGCUCACUGUGGAGAGAGUCCUGGAGGAGGAGCCUUCAUCCAUGGAGGCAUCUGAGGAGGUGGCUUCUCCAUUGGAAGUCAUUGUGGUCAUGCCACCUGUCACCACGCUGGCAGCCCUUACAGAGCAGCCCUCCACUGAACCAAUCACAGUGUCUGUGGAGGAGGAGACUGCAUCCCCUGUGACACCUGAGGCUGAGGUGGACGAAGGACCACUAAAAGGCCCUGAGGUGGCUUCAGAGGACAACAUGGAGGAGCUACAAGAUGAUGAAGAUCACAAAGAUCAAGUUGUUCCUCCAACGGCAUCUAUAGAAGAAGAACCUGAAGAGGUUGAUUUACCAGAAAUCCCUGCACCAGUGGAGGAAGACCCAACCCAACCCGAAUGGGUCCUGCCCCUGGUUACAGAGCUCCUGUCAGCUGGCCCAAUCCCACCCCCUGAAGAUGACCUCACCCAGGCCGCGGAAGAGAAAGAACCAAUGGAUUCCAUGGAGGUGACAGAUGAUGCCCUCUUCAUUCCUGAAGCCCCUGAACCUGGAUCAGCCCCCCAUGGAGAUGGAGAUGAGGCCUGGGAGAGAGCGGUGACCCCCGCCACCGUGGAGGUGCCCAGGGAUGAGUCGGACCUGCAGGAGGAUGUGGAGCCGAGUGAGCAGGAUGGCACGGAGGCCACGAAUACACUGGAGGAAGACAGCGGGAGUGGGUUCCAAGAGGACGAAGAGCCUUCUGAGUCCACCGCCCCUCCUGCCUUCAGACACAUGAGCACCCCCCUGAUGACCAGUGUGGAAAAGAGCAAAGAGUUAGUGGUGUUCUUUAGCUUGAGGGUCACUAACAUGAUGUUUUCUGAUGACCUGUUCAACAAGAGCUCCCCUGAAUACAGAUCAUUGGAGAAUACGUUUCUCGAGCUGACACAAUUCUCUGAGCCCAGAGACUCGCCAAAUCUUGGAGCUUCCAGUAAGUCUAGGACUAAGACUCAGAGGACGUUAGCUUCGAUACCGCUUCUUCCAUACCUGCAGUCAAACUUAACAGGAUUUAAGCAAUUGGAAAUCCUCAACUUCAGGAAUGGGAGUGUUGUGGUGAAUAGCAAGAUGAAACUAGACAAAGCAGUUCCAUACAAUGUUACACAAGCCGUGCACUGUGUGCUUGAAGACUUCUGCAAUGCUGCAUCUAAACGCCUGGACAUUGAGAUUGACAGCCGCUCCCUGGAUAUAGAACCUGCUGACCAAGGAGAUCCCUGUAAGUUCUUAGCGUGUAACGAAUUCUCACGGUGUGUGGUAAACAGCUGGACAAUGGAGGCGGAGUGUCUGUGUGACCCAGGCUACAGUACCGUGGACGGCCUACCCUGCCAGAGCAUCUGUGAGAUGGAGCCUGGAUACUGCUUCAAUGAAGGUCUAUGUGAGAUCAUUCAGGGCCAUGGAGCCACCUGCAGAUGCCCUGUGGGUAAAUACUGGCACUAUCACGGCGAGCGUUGCAACGAGCUUGUGUCCAUGCCGCUAGACCCUUCCCUCAUCGUAGGCUGCCUUGUGGGAAGCCUCACCCUCGUUUCUGCCAUCAUAGGCAUCUUGAUAUUCAUUAACAAGAAAUGCAUACAGACCCGAAAGACCGUGACUUUGGUAUGCCCAGACAGCUCUACACAACAAGACCAGACAAGUUAGUCUCAGAGAUGGUAGACUUCCAUCACUGUAUACCACAUAAUGAGACGUGGCGACCACCAAAUGAAUACCGAACUCGCCGCUUGUUAAGAGCUUCAGACAAUGAAUGCUUUGAAGUAACAAUCCUUUGAUUGCACCUUCCUUGCCCGUCCACACAGUGUCUUAGAGAGGCUGGGCAUUGUAGAUCUUAAACUUAAAUUGUUUUGGGGAUAUUUGUAAUCACUUGAACUUCGUUUCAUGGCAGUGGACUCAUCUUAAACCGGAAUUACCAAUGAUCAUGCAAGUUACAACUCUCCACACGACUGGCUGUAUUUUACAGGCAGUUGGCUAGGAAUGGAUAUUAUUGUAUAUUCUGGACUAGGAAAUUGUAAAAAUACCAGUUUACCGUGUGAAAAUACCAAUGUAUGCUGGACUAAGAUGUUUUAAAAUACCCAUAUAUUUAUACUGUAUAUCUAUGGUUAGGAUCACGUACUGUACACCCUUGGCAAAGGUUAUUGUUCUUCCUCACAAUGAGGUAUUUAUUUACAAAAUGAUACACAUCGUGGUAUCUGGAUCUUAGACGACUGAACAUUAUGCUGUUUUAAUGUCAAUGUUAUUCUAACCUGUGUUCAGUGUCCCAAAAAGAGAAUGAAUGUAAAAAACACAAGCUGUAUAUUUUAAUCAUACUAUUGUUUAUAGCAAGAUUCCAGUAAUUGAUUGUAACAUCUAAUGUAUAGUUAAAAACAAACAUUACUCUAGCAAAAUUACAGCAAUGAACAAGAAGUCAGUCCUAACGUAUACAACAAUUUACACCAAUCACUUGUGUUUUGAGUGAUUUUCCUAACCAAAACACACUUGGAGGAUGUGGACGAUUUUUUUUUACAGUUUUACAUUUCAUAGUAAAAAUAAAGCAUUUUUUUCCCCACGGAGAGCAUGUAAUUUUCUGUACUUUGUUUCGAAA